AUGCGCAGCCUCAUCAGCCUUGCACUGCUCCCAUUGGCAGCGGCAGUCCCCCAUGCCUCCCGCAGUGCGGACUCGAGCUACGAUUACAUUAUCGUUGGAGGUGGAACCAGUGGUCUGGUCGUCGCCAACCGACUCUCCGAGCAAGACAAUGUCAACGUCCUCGUCAUCGAAGCUGGAGGCUCCGCUUACAACAACCCCAACGUGACGGAUACGCUUGGAUAUGGCAAGGCUUUCGGCACCGAAAUUGACUGGGCCUACAAGACAACCGAGCAGGAAUAUGCUGGUGGAAACACUCAGACCGUUCGCGCCGGCAAGGCCCUCGGAGGAACCUCCCUGAUCAACGGCAUGGUCUAUCUCCGUGCCCAGAAUGCCCAGAUUGACGCAUGGGAAGCGGCUGGAAACAAGGGCUGGAACUGGAAGAACCUCUUACCGUACUUCAAGAAAGGUGAGCAGUUCCAGAAGCCCGAGCAGUACUCCUUCCUGGAUGGCUCGGGUGUCACCUAUGAUCCUUCCUAUCACGGCUUCACUGGCCCCUUGAAGGUCGGUUGGUCUUCUACCCAGCUGAACGAUGGCCUUGCCCAGAAGGCGAAUGCCACCUACCAGAACCUCGAUGUUCCUGUUCCUUUCAACGCGGAUCCCAACGGCGGAAACAUGAUCGGUUACAGUCUCUACCCUAAAACUGUUGACUCGUAUUUGAACAUCCGUGAGGACGCAGCUCGCGCCUACUACUACCCUUACCAGAACCGCACCAACCUUCAUGUCUGGCUCAACACCCACGCCAACAAGCUUACCUGGAAGGAUGGCGACGAUGUCACUGCCGAAGGAGUUGAGGUCACACUCUCCAACGGUACCACCACUGUUGUGAAGGCCUCCCGUGAAGUCAUCCUUGCCGCCGGUUCCUUGAAGUCCCCGGUACUUCUGGAGCUUUCUGGAGUCGGAAACCCCGACAUUCUCUCCAAGUACGGUAUCGACACCAAGCUCAACAUCCCCACCGUCGGCGAGAACCUGCAGGACCAGAUGAACAACGGACUCCAGUUCGACGCGAAGAAGAGCUACAACAUGAGCGCUGACUACGUCGCCUACCCCUCCGCCGCCCAGCUCUUCUCCAACCACACUGCUGUUGGAAAGGACCUUCUCCACAAGCUUCCCGCCUACGCCGCCCAAGUUGCAUCGGCCAACGGCAACAUCACCAAGGCCCGGGAUCUGCAACGCUUCUUCAAGAUCCAGUGGGAUCUGAUUUUCAAGGCCGGUAUCCCUGUUGCUGAGAUCCUCCUCGAGCCUUCUGGAACCACCUAUGACACCGAAUACUGGGGCUCCGUUCCUUUCUCUCGCGGUAGCGUCCACCUUUCCUCUGCUGACCCCACCGCAGCGGCUAUCAUUGACCCCAAGUACUUCAUGCUGGACUUUGACCUGCACGCCCAGGUUGAGGCCGCACGAUUCAUUCGUGAAGUCUUUAACACUGAGCCUUUUGCCGAUAUGGCCGGAGCUGAGACUAGCCCUGGCUUGUCCGCUGUUGCCGCUACUGCUGGUGACGAGGGAUGGUCCGACUUCAUUAAGAACAACUACCGUUCAAACUUCCACCCCAUCAGCACAAUUGCCAUGCUGCCCAAGGAGGUGGGCGGUGUUGUUGACACUUCCCUCAAGGUCUACGGCACAUCAAAUGUUCGCGUUGUCGAUGCUUCUGUCGUGCCUUUCCAGGUCUGCGGUCAUCUGCAAAGCACCAUCUAUGCGGUCGCUGAGCGUGCGGCCGAUAUCAUCAAGGGUAACAUCUGA